CCCGAUUCUCCCUUUUCGGCGCCCCUCUUUCUCGAGCUCCUUCCCAUUUCGGAUGUUCUUCGCGUUAGUUUCCUCUGGGAUUCGCCUUCAAAGGGUUUGGGCUUUUUUAAGCAAUGACUGAUAUUGGAGUUUGGAAGCAGGACAGGAAUUUGGCAUUCCAUAUAGGACUAUGGGUUUAGAUGAGAUCAUUGUAGCAGAUGCUAGCAGUGUGGAGAUCGGUAGAGUGGAUCAAGGAUUUGUUUCAGCGAAGAUGAGCACUGCAGUAGAGUCAGCCUCUCAGAAAGCCUCCUGCUUGGAGAAAAUUCAGGCUUUGAAUUUGAGUGAUGAUGACAAUAAGGUGGAGAAUUCGGUUGCUGUUGCUAAUGUGCCAAUGUCACCUGAUCAAGAAAAUUUGGAGAUUUCAUCUUUGGAUCAAACGGAGGAUGAUUUGAUUUCUGGCUGUCAGACACCGACUGGAAAUAUCUUUGAUCCAUUUGCUCCGGGCCCGGAAGAGGUCAUGUGUUGUGCCCCAAAGAAGAAGUUGCUGAAAGAAGUUAGGGCUCCUCUUCGUCGCCAGCUGAACUUCGACUCAUGCGUUGAUUCUGAUGAUGCUGCAGAGGAAGAGCUUUUGUUGGAUUCUAUUUAUAGAUCCUUCCUUGAAGUGAUUGUUGCAAAUCAAGUGAAGGAUAUAUAUGGGGAGGACUUGAUUGUGGAGCCUCACUUGGAAGGUCACCAGGGGGAAGGUUUUCAAACUCCGACAUCCUUGCCUCUGUUAACUGGCAUCGCUGAGACAUGCCCCCCUGCACCUGUGAGGCCCGUCUUGAAGACAAGGAAGAUUAGUCUUGAUAUCUGCAAGAAGCUCGAAUUUUAAAGACAAGAAUUCGAGUGAAGUGCUCUCUGUACAUAUCAUCCUAGUUGUGGAUUCCAUCUUUUAUGCUUGUUUUAAAGGUCUUGGAGAUUUAGGGUUGCUAGAUGUGGAAAAGGAAACAGAGUUAGUUUUGCUGUUGAGGAAACAGAGUUAGUGCUGCUGAUGCAUUUGGGAUCCUUGGCAUUUGUUGUAUGGCUAAUCCUGACAUAAAGGUUCUGAACCUAGUAUUGAUCUUGCUAACUUUGUACCAGUCUUUAAGUUUAUAAACAUAUGUAAUCUGAAGAGAUGAUACCAUAUCAUGUAUGUCUCUUCAUAUUUAAUGUUAGAAAACAUUUUGCAACAUUUGCCAAACCAUUGUGCUAUUUAUUUA